UUGAGAUGUCUAAGAGAUGAGUCCCAUUUCAGGUAGUGACUCAGUCCUUUGCUGUUCAACAAAGACAUCUGGGCCUGGAAGGGCCCUGUGACCUUCUGGCUUUUUAGAAUGGGCAAUGCUGUUGAAAAACAGAAACCCCUGAAACGGAGCCAUCUGUGCCCCUGGAAACAAGACUCCCAGCGUUCUCAUCUCUCUUCCUUCACCAUGAAGCUGAUGGACAAAUUCCACUCACCCAAAAUCAAAAGAACGCCAUCAAAGAAAGGAAAACCAGCUGAGGUGUCUGUGAAGACUCCAGAGAAGCCUGUGAACAAAGAGGCAACAGACAGAUUUCUGCCAGAGGGCUACCCUAUCCCCUUGGAUCUGGAGCAGCAGGCAGUAGAAUUUAUGUCCACCAGUGCUGUGGCUUCCAGGUCUCAAAGGCAGAAGAACCUGAGCUGGCUGGAAGAGAAAGAAAAGGAAGUUGUCAGUGCCUUGCGAUACUUUAAAACGAUUGUGGACAAAAUGGCCAUUGAUAAGAAGGUACUGGAGAUGCUUCCAGGGUCAGCCAGCAAAGUGCUAGAGGCCAUCUUACCCCUGGUACAGAGCGAUCCUCGAAUUCAGCACAGGUGAGUUGCGCUCAGGUCCUUGGCUGUGUCAGAGUCAU